GUAGGCUUUCUGAGAUUAGCCCGUGCAAUCUUUAGCUAGUUCUCCAUUUCUAGGGGGCUGUUAAAGUAUAACAAGAAGACUAUAUCAUAACGUGCAGUCAUGGCUUCUGCUUUAGACGCGCUCUGGGAAGACAGAGACGUUAGAUUUGACAUAACAGCUCAGCAGAUGAAAACUCGUCCAGGAGAAGUGCUGAUAGAUUGCCUGGACUCCAUUGAAGACACGAAAGGAAACAAUGGAGAUCGAGGACGACUGCUGGUAACAAACCUGAGAAUCAUUUGGCACUCUUUGGCUCUGCCAAGAGUCAACUUGUCUGUGGGUUACAACUCCAUUAUAAACAUCACAACAAGGACAGCUAACUCAAAACUGAGGGGACAAACUGAAGCUCUCUACAUCUUAACAAAGUCCAAUAAUACAAGAUUUGAAUUCAUUUUCACAAAUUUGGUUCCUGGAAGUCCAAGACUCUUUACCUCUGUGAUUGCUGUACACAGAGCUUAUGAGACCUCUAAAAUGUACCGGGACCUGAAACUUCGAGCUGCUCUGAUUCAGAAUAAACAGCUUCGACUGUUGCCCCGGGAGCAGGUGUAUGAUAAAAUCAAUGGUGUUUGGAAUUUGUCUAGUGAUCAGGGGAACCUUGGAACCUUCUUCAUUACCAAUGUUCGGAUUGUGUGGCAUGCUAAUAUGAACGAGAGCUUCAAUGUUAGCAUUCCUUACCUGCAGAUUUGGUCAAUCAGAAUAAGAGACUCAAAAUUUGGUUUGGCUUUGGUGAUUGAGAGUUCACGACAGAGUGGAGGAUAUGUUCUUGGGUUUAAGAUCGACCCAGUGGAAAAGCUUCAAGAUGCGCUGAAAGAAAUCAAUUCUCUUCAUAAAGUGUACUCUGCCAACCCUAUCUUUGGAGUGGAAUAUGAAAUGGAGGAAAAGCCCCAGCCGCUGGAAGAACUCACAGUGGAUCAACCUCCUGAUGACGUGGAAAUUGAGCCUGAUGAGCAGACUGAUGCUUUCACUGCCUAUUUCGCUGAUGGCAAUAAGCAACAAGACCGUGAAGCAGUUUUCUCUGAUGAGCUUGGCCUCGCCAUUGAGAAGCUAAAAGAUGGCUUUACACUUCAAGGGUUGUGGGAGGUGAUGGGCUGAAACAAUAUGAAAAAUGUUUAUACUAAAUGUACAUAUUUUGCUUGUACAGACAGUAGUAAAAUUUAUUUAUUUAUAGGCCAAGUUAAAAGUUGUAUCGCUUGUUUAUAGAUACUUUUUCUUAAAAAGUACAAAAUUACAUGAAUCAUCAUGGCAUUCCAUGUAUAGUGGAGAACAUUUCUUUAGUUAUUGUAAGUUUUUAUUCAUUUAAUUUGAAUAAAACAUUUAAAUA